AAAAUCAAUGCAAAUGUGACCAAGAAUACGAUUUGUAACCCAAUCGGAGUAUUUUCAAAAUAGAAUUGACCAUGGGCCAAACCUAGAUGGCUCUUGUCCGCGUUGGUCAGAGUUUAACGUAGAAACGACCAUCUCAAGUCUUGGAUUUUGCCUGACUGGAUCCAAGGUGCACUCUUUGGUCACCAAAAGGGACGCUAAAUAAGACGUUAUCUGUCCAUCCAUUUUUCUGCGGACCAUCUGUACUUCCAAACCCGCUGAAUAAAGCGGCCCCUUUGUGAAAUCUCGUGCCCAGACGUACCAUGUCCAGCCGCCCUAAGCGUCCUGGCAGUGCCCUCCCCAAUGCAGUGGACAGCAGCGAAGAAUCCCUUGCAUCACCCGAUUCGCCUGCCAGCCCGCAUUACCCAGACCCACAUGAUAGGGAACCACUGGUCGCUCAACCACGACACCUUCCACCUAUCGUCCGACCGUCGGAUGGUGGUGAAGUUGCAGCAGUGGGAGCUGGGACAGGCGAGGCAAUGUUGACAGAGCGUGCACAUCCAAGUCCUGACAUUGACGAUGAAGGUCCACCCGGCGAUGCGCAUCCUGAGAAACGCAAGACGCUUUCCAAUAUUAAAUCCAAAUAUCCAACAUUUGCACCAAAUCAGUUUGGGCUCACUCCAGAGGAUCUAGGCCGCAUUUGUAACUUUGAUGACAGAAACUCCCCGUCGCAACUGUUGAUGUUGAACUCUGAAUACGGCGGCGUGGACGGAGUUGGGCAUCUUUUGAAAACAGAUUUGGAAAAUGGGUUAUCAUUAGCUGGAGAUACUGGCGCAGUUGAAGCAGACGUUGCAAAGAAUAAGAGGCACAGUAAAGCUCAUCGUAAAGUAGCUCCCGACGCAGACAUUCAAACUACUGGAGAACCAACUGUACCUAAAAAAGACAUGACAGCAGCCGAAAAAGAAAUCCGUACAGAGAUUUUUGGACAAAACCUUAUUCCUCCACCCCGAUCGGACACCAUUCUGGAAAUCGUUUGGGAAACUAUCAAGGACGACCCAAUCAUCAAGGUCCUCAUCGUUGGUGCCAUCGUGGUUUUAUCCCUGGGAACCGCUAUCUGUCCAAAGGAUGGAUGGAUCGAGGGAUUAGCCAUUCUAGUGGCCGUUGUUAUUGUCCUCUCAGUCACGGCCGGAAAUGAUUGGUCCAAAGACAGAAAAUUCAAGAAACUGCUUCUCCUCCAAUCUGACAAGCGGACCAAGGUGAUUCGCGGCGGAAUGAAAGAUCAGAUUUCAUCGUGGGAUGUGCUUGUCGGUGACUUGGUAGAGGUGGUGGUUGGCGAUGAGAUUCCCGCUGAUGGCUUAUACGUUCGAGGGAAUCGCCUGGUAGUCGAUGAAAGUCCCUUGACAGGUGAAUCCGUUCCGGUUAAAAAAUCCCCGGCGGCACCGUACAUGUUUUCUGGCUGUCAAGUCAGUGAAGGAUCUGGAGUAAUGCUUGUCACGGGCGUCGGACCUCGAUCGAGCGGUGGGCAGAUUCAGGAACUGUUGAACGAGGCACAGAGCGAGGAAACGGUGCUUCAAGUAAAGUUGAAGCAAGUCGCAGUCCUUAUUGGCAAAAUUGGCGUUGCGUCCGGUAUUCUCACUUUUCUCGGUUUACUGAUUCGGUGGGCUAUUGCGUGGGCUCAGCACCAGCCUCCCGCUGGUAGGCAUGCCUGCUUGAGUACCGGCGACUCUGAAACAUUAGCAAGAAUUCAAGCCAUUGCUGAAGAUUUUGUGAUUGGAAUUACGGUGGUUGUCGUUGCUGUUCCAGAGGGUCUUCCACUUGCAGUGACAAUCUCGUUGGCCUUUUCCAUGUUUAAAAUGAUCAAAGACAACUGUUUCGUUCGACACCUGGAUGCCUCUGAGACAAUGGGCGAAGCGACCUGUAUCUGUACCGAUAAGACCGGAACAUUAACAGAAAACCGAAUGACCGUCGUCAAGGCUCUGGUGGGCGAUCAAGUGCAUUACGGCGAAGGAUCAGGCGAAGAACAAUUCCAACCGUUUUCGGCAACGACAUUUGACCCAAAACUCAGGAAUCUUCUUGCCGAAGGCAUUUGCAUCAAUUCAAAUUGUUUUGUAAAGUACAACGAACGCUCGAACCAACCCAUUUUUGUCGGAUCAGCUACAGAAGGCGCUCUGCUGGUCUUUGCCGACAAGUUGGGUGUACAGUACGACGCGGUUCGGAAAGAAGUGACAAAAGUUGAGAAUGGGACGUGGUCAUUCUCAUCGGAUCGCAAACGUAUGUCAACGUUAGUGCAUCCGAUUGCCGAGGCCGUGCCUGUCGCCACCCCAGGCGGACUCGUUGCGGCUAGGAAAACAAAGUUUAGAUUGUAUACCAAGGGUGCUUCUGAAAUUGUGUUAUCGCUUUGCACGCACAUCCUUGACGCCAAAGGAACGACUGUAGCGCCAAUCUCCGCUACAGAUAUUUCACGAAUUCAAAGGACUAUCAAGCGAUGGGCCUCACAAGGGCUUCGUACCCUCGCCCUUGCCUACCGAGACACAGAUCAAUCUUUGACAACCUUUGAGGGGCAAGGCAAAAAGGACGAUCCAGAACAUGACCUCAUCUUUGUCGGUCUCGUCGGCAUUAAGGAUCCACUUCGUAAAGAAGUCCCAGGUGCCGUGGCAACCUGCCAAAGAGCUGGUCUCACUAUCCGCAUGGUAACUGGUGAUAAUAUCCUCACGGCCUGCAAGAUUGCCAGAGAAUGCAACAUCAUGUUUGGGGACGGUAUCGCUUUGGAAGGUCCUGUCUUCCGAGCAAUGACUGAAGAGGAAAAAAUUGCUGUCAUACCCCGACUCCAAGUCUUGGCUCGCUCGUCUCCAGCGGACAAACAUACUCUUGUUAAUCUCCUCAAGCGCCUCGGGGAAGUCGUGGCGGUCACCGGAGAUGGUACCAACGAUGCGCCAGCUCUCAAGGAAGCAGAUGUGGGAUUUGCAAUGGGAAUCAGCGGCACACAAAUUGCCAUGAAUGCAUCCGAUAUUGUUUUGUUGGAUGAUAACUUUGUGUCCUUGGUUCAGUCGAUUCGAUGGGGCAGAAACGUACUCAACUGUGUCCGAAAGUUCCUUCAAUUCCAGUUGGGAGUUAACUUGGUGGCCAUUAUUCUCACAUUUGUGGGGUCCUUAACUGUGGGGACCUCUCCUCUGAGUACCGUUCAACUUCUCUGGGUCAAUUUAAUUAUGGAUUCACUUGGAGCGCUGGCUUUGGCAUCAGAUGAACCUGAAGACGAUAUCCUGGACCAUCCACCCCACGCCCGAACUGAAUCCCUGCUGUCGAGACCCAUGAGAGAAUACAUUGGAAUGCAAGUGGUAUACCAAAUCACUGUUCUCCUCUGUCUUUUCUUGGGUGGUGCAGACGAUUGGGUACCGAUGGACCCUUCAUUCCACUCCACGGCAGAUACAGAGGGCAACCCUUCCCGUCGUGCAGUGACGAUGGUAUUUUUGACCUUUAUUCUCAUGCAGAUAUCCAACAUUGUGAUGGCUCGGCAAUUGAACGGCGAAAUCAACUACUUUAAGCAUUUCUUCCGAAACCGGCUGUUUAUCCUAAUCAUCACAGUCAUUGUGGGGGUCCAAGUGCUUGUCAUCAUUUUCGGAGGCGAUUUUGUCAACACUUGCCCACUGGACUGGAAAGAAUGGAUCGUUUGCAUCGUUCUGGCGUUAUUGAACUUUCCCUUUGUGUUCGUCAUACGAUGCGCACUGAACUUGCACCGAAAUUGGACGCAUAAUCAUAUCCUAUCACCAAAGUGCCAUUGGGGCCCCCCUGCUCAGAAAGCUAUUGGACCGCAUACUGCAAUUCAGGUUGAUCGGUCUAGCAUCGUGUCGAACCCUGACCUAGAAGAACCACCUAGCAAUCGUCUCACGACCACAAGGACAUCCCGUGGAAGUAGUCUAACGAGCGGAGUCGCAUCUCCUGUGCACCAAUCGCAAACAUCUCUCCACGAUGCCUCGGCGCGACAACCCUACCGACGAAUGCAUCGCGCUGGACAGAGAUGGCGGACCGUUCGGUCUGCCGUGGUGCUCAUGGGUGCUUUAGAAGAAGUGAGGCGGGAAGAUUUUAGACGGGAGGGACCCGAUCAGAGAUUCAUGGAUAAUUGGAUUAGAUUUAGGAAGGAUGUUGAUGCAUUGCCUACAAAAGGUGCCGCACUGUCUAGAUCAGCCCAGAGUUUGAGUGGAGGUGGCCGAAGCAGUUGAGCUGCGGGAUUUACUAAAGACGGAUGAGGUGGUUGAAGGAGUGAUGAUUGCGAGUUUGUCUUUUACAAAAAUAUAACAAUAAAAGCC